AUGUCCAGCAGUGAUUUUUCUGGAGAUUCAAUUGUUGAUCCUGGCAACAACAACAAUAUCAAAACUAUAGUCAAAUGCAAUUUCCCACCAUAUGGGAGGGACUUCAUAGGAAGAAAGCCAACUGGAAGGUUUAGCAAUGGAAAAGUCCCCUCAGACUUGAUAGAAACUAUAGUCAAAUGCAAUUUCCCACCAUAUGGGAGGGACUUCACAGGGAGAAAGCCUACUGGAAGGUUUAGCAAUGGAAGAGUCCCCUCAGACUUGAUAGCUGAAUCAGUUGGAGUGAAGAACAUUUUGCCAGCUUAUCUGGAUCCAAGUCUGAAGGUUCAAGACCUACUUACUGGUGUAAGUUUUGCCUCAGGGGGUACAGGAUAUGAUCCUCUGACUCCCCAAGUAGUGUCUGUCUUAUCAUUAUCAGAUCAACUAGACCUGUUCAAAAAAUACCUAAGCAAGAUAAAUGCAGCAGUCGGGGAGGCGAGAACCGCGACUAUACUAUCAAAAAGCAUAUACAUUGUGUGCUUAGGAAGCGAUGACAUUGCAAACACUUAUUAUUCUACACCACUGAGGAGACCUCAAUAUGACAUUCCAGCAUAUACAGAUCUGAUGAUUAAAUCAGCUUCAAGUUUCUUUCAGGAACUAUAUGACCUGGGAGCUAGAAGGAUUGGCAUACUAAGCUUGCCAGCAAUUGGGUGUGUGCCAUCACAAAGAACACUAAAUGGAGGCAUAGACAGGGGGUGCUCAGACAAUGCCAACCAAGCAGCAAGCCUCUUCAACUCCAAACUCACUGCCCAAAUAGAUGCCUUCAACAAGAGGCUUCCAGAAGCAAGGCUUGUCUACCUUGAUAUCUACAACACAUUGCUUUCUCUCAUCCAAAACCCUUCUCAAUAUGGAUUGGAAGUGGUGAACAAAGGCUGCUGUGGAACAGGAAAUAUUGAGGUCAGCAUUUUGUGUACUCGUCACUCUCCAGGUACCUGCAAGGAUCCAUCAAAAUAUCUAUUCUGGGACAGUUACCAUCCCACAGAGAAGGCAUAUAAGGUUCUUGUCCCUCUGGUUUUUGAUAAGCAAGUUCAUAAAUUCUUCUGA